UUUGAUUUGUUCCCUAAUUGACCUAAAUAAAGCAUCUGAGAGACGGGGUCCCGUCCAACCCCUCAAUGCAGACUAUCACACAGUGUAUAGUAGGGGGCUCAAAGCGAGUAAUUCUCUUAUUUUUAUGGAUUAAUCUUGCUCGCUACCUCCACUGUCCAAUCGCAAGAGGCAUUUUUUUGCUGCGCGUGGAUCUCGCGCCAUGUAAUUUAUAGUAGUAGUAUAUCUACGGAUUCUCUCACAUUCUCGCCCUCUAUCUCGAACUCUCAUGGCUAGCUCGACGGACUUCGAGAGAAAGAUUAGGCAUAACUAAGACAAAGCUAAAGAGACACCCAAGAAUGUCUAAACAGCACGUUCAUAUUUUGUAAGUAAUUUAUUUAUCGGUGACUAGGUGGUUUGAAGACGACAAAAUAUGCUUGUUAAGGCACCGGAAUCUCAACAUCAUGGUCCAACGUCAAGAAGCUCAUCAUUUUCCAUUGAGAAUUUACUUCGGUCUACUACCGGGACUACAGACAGGCUGUCUACGACCGAAGAUGAGGGGGAUUGUAAGGAAACGGGACUCUCUUACAACCAAGUCGCUGUCAUUGAGAGCCGCUGCAACCAAGUGGAGCGUCAAGUGUCUUACUCUGGAUUAAACGCCCAACGCCACUGGUGUGGGACAUCGCCAAACAAAGCUUGCAGGGAUUUACAGAGUCCGCAGUGCCACUCCAGCAACUCCGAUGACCCCGGAGACUCUCUAAAAACCAGCAACCGGGAUUCUCCCGCUCUACCGGAGCCGGUGGAAGACAACGACCAACCGGACGAGAGGGCAGAGGGAAGUCUGACAGACGACAAGGAUGACGAAACAGGGCCUUCCUGCUUCGCCCGGGAAGACAGUGAAACACCUGAUACGAAAGCAGCUUGCAAGAAGAAGACCCGCACCGUGUUCAGCCGGAGUCAGGUUUUCCAGCUGGAGUCCACCUUCGACAUGAAACGCUACCUGAGCAGCACUGAGCGGGCGGGGUUAGCCGCCUCUCUACAGCUCACCGAGACGCAGGUCAAGAUUUGGUUCCAGAACCGCAGGAACAAGUGGAAGAGACAGCUAGCUGCCGACAUUGAGGCCACGAGCAUCUCGUAUUCGGCUCAAAGGAUUGUCAGGGUCCCUAUUCUGUACCACGAGAACGCAGCACCUGGGACACUGAGCGCCAACCUGGCACAGGUGUCGCCACCCUUCUCGAGUACUGUGAAUUAUCCCGUCUCCCAGUUCACUCACCCCAUGUCUUUUAUAAGAUCACAAAUCACAGGCCUUGUGUGAGACACACAUUAUUGGUGUAUUAUAUGGAACUAACGUAUUGGACAUGGUGGAGCAGCGUUUACCAAACUCGGUCCUGGGGACCCCAAGGGGUGCACGUAUAGAUAUUUGCCCUAUUACUACACAGAUGAUCCAAAUAAUCAAAGCUUGAUGAUUAGUUGAUUACUUGAAUCAGUUAUGUAGUGCUAGGGCAAAAACCAAAACGUGCACCCAUUGGGCUCCCGAGGUUUCCGAGUUUGGAUUCAUUGCUGACGGUGACGAUCACCAAAAUCACAGCCACAUUCAUAAGGCAACAACACUUUGACCAACCUGUUUAGCCUAUAGGCCCCAACUUCUCUAUUUCAAUAUGCAAGUUGCAAUUGCCAUGUAUUUCCUUGAUUUGAGUGUGUACAAAAAAGGUGAAUCCCUCAAGCCAGACACUAUUCUACAUUUGGGAAUUUUAACUUAAGCACAUAUCAUUAGAUUUAUAUAAUUAUUUACAUGGAAACUGGAUGGAAUAUUGUCAAGGGUUAGUCAACCAGUUUGUGUGUUUGUAUUCUUUUUAAAUUACAAAAUUUGUAACCUGUAGGUAGACUUUUUACGAGCAUGGAGUUACGGGGACUGUAUUAUUUAAAAUUUCUUAGGCUAUUUAAAGUGGGUUUCAUAUGACAUUUUGUACACGAGUUGUCCGAUCAAUGUAAAUAAAAU